UUAAAUAUAGACAAGAAUUACUGGAAAAGCGUUUGAUGGAGAAAAAAGAAGUGGCCCUUCAAGAAGCUCAUGAAGAAGAAGAGCGAGAGAGCCGGCUAGAAGCCCUUAGGAAACAGGUUGCUAUUGUUGCUCAGUUUGAUCCUGUUAGAAUGAUGUCAGAUACAACGGCAUCAAAAGCAAGGAUGGGUAUUGGAAUUGAAGAAGAAUUUAUUCUUCAAAAACCACUCUUUACAUUGAAUACAUACAAUGAAUACCAGGAUGACAGGACAUGUAGCUUGGAGGCAAGCAACGGAAGCCAUUUAUCUGUCUUUUACUCAAGCUUUCAAUUCUUUCAUACACAUGAUGCCCAGCAGCCAGCUAGGAAAAUAAGUCAAGCACCAUGUUUCUCAAGCUUCAAGCCCUGGAGAAUUCCAUGAGAACUUUCACAUGUAAGAAUAAACAUUCUUGUAUUAGAAGAUUAUCUUUUUAAAAGUAUUCUACCAGUUAAAAAGAAAAAUACCAACUUCUGUUUUGCAGUAAAAAAUUGUAAUCGAAAGAUAUUCAUGUGGAAUGGAGUUUCUUAAGUCAGUGUUUUUCAAAACGGUUUUGGGUCCCCAGAUGUAUUUUGGAGGCUGUAUUACAGGGUCGCAGCAGGAAUCAGAUGGCACAAUUAAAGCGAGGUACUGAGAGAGUUACUGAAGGGACUAUUUACAAAGGGGGGGUCAGAAGGUAGGGAAUAAAGGAUGGUGCAGCUGGGAACAGCUGUUACCGGGCCUGAUCUGAGGGCGUAGGGGGAGCAAUUACCAGAACCCAGAGAGAACAGCAAUAUGGCAAGGGCCACCAGCAGGAGGUCUGGACAUUGGUAGGGGACACAAGUUAUCCUGCCAUGAACAGCCUGAGGCAGGUGUUCUGGACUCAUGAAGUUUUAUGCAAAUUUGGGGAUAUAUGUGUUAAUGUGCUUCCUCCUGCAGAGUGGGCCCAUAGAUUUUAUCAACAGUCUCCAAAAUGAGUCCCAAAUGUUAAGAGCUAUAUUUUUAAGUGAUGGAAAUAAAAUUCAAACUGACUUUGUUAUAUUCCUGAACUUUAUUAUUUAUAGCCCUUGUUAAGGAUCUACAGGGUACAAAGCAUUAAAUAACAUUCUGUAACUAGAUACAAAUAAGCCAGGAGAAGUUAUUUAGUGUAUUUUGGACCAAAGAUUCAGUUUUACUGAGCAAUUGUUAAGUGUGUCAGUUAUUUAUUUUGUUGGUGCUUAGAGUGAAACAUGGAACUAAAGAGCUGGUCGUGGUGGUUAAUGAGUUCACAUAGCAAAUUACAUUGAUUAAUAUACACAUAUUACUCUGAAAGUGGUUAAGAAUAACAUUUGGGCAAAAUUAA